AUGUCGAAAGCAAAGAUCUCACCUCAUCAGGAUACUGCACUACCAGAUGAAGCAAAGCGAUUCAUAAUUGAUCUCAGUAGGCAGGAAGAGAUAUUUGGUCCUCAUCAAUUCUUCUGUGCCCCUUCUGUCCCUCCCAACGCAGCUAUAGCUAUUUCAAGACCCAUUGUCGUCUCUGGACCCUCCGGCGCCGGCAAGUCGACAUUCUUGAGACGUCUUUUUGCUGAGUAUCCCAACAAGUUUGGCUUCAGCGUUUCUCAUACAACUCGUUCUCCACGCGCUGGCGAAACUGACCGUGUCGAGUACAACUUUGUGACCAGGGAGCAAUUCAUGGAUGGGGUUGCCCGUGGCGAAUUCAUCGAGCACGCCGAAUUCUCCGGUAACCUUUAUGGCACCACAAUUCAGGCCGUCAGGAAUGUCGGCGACCUUGGCAGAAUCUGCAUUUUGGACAUUGAUAUGCAGGGCGUCAAACUAGUCAAGGCUACGGACCUGAACCCAUACUACGUAUCGGUUCAGCCCCCUUCUAUUGAGGAGCUAGAAGCGCGUCUUCGUGGUCGCGGCACUGAGGGGGAGGCUGACAUUCAGGGUCGCCUUGCUGCGGCUCAGGCUGAGCUUGACUACGCCAAGGAAGAGGGUGCAUAUGACAAGACCAUCGUUAAUGACGACCUCGAGACCUCCUAUGCCAUGUUCAGGGCCUAUAUCAACAGCGGUAAGCAUGCCUUAAUAGCAUUGCGGGUAUAA